GCACUUUCCAAACUUAUAACUUACAGUUUAUACUCAUACUUACUUCAUUCGACUUGCUCGACUAAACUUGAUCAAAAUGAUUAAAAACACGGUAGAAAUGAAUCAAAAACCUCCAAAAAUAUGGAGCUAUCAACAACAACUAAGUACAUUUCCAUUGCAAGGUAUAACAGCAGGUCAACUAUUAGAAAACGCCGCAAAAAAAUAUCCAGACCGCCUGGCGGUAAUAUCUGCAUAUCAAUCAAAAAGCAUAACAUUUGGCGAGCUUCUGACACAAGCCGAUCGAUUCGCUGCUGGCCUAAUGAACAUUGGCAUUGCAAAAGGAGACUACGUGGCAAUAUGGGCACCAAAUUCGAUUGAAUGGGUGAUUGUGUCGUUAGGCUGUGCACGCGGUGGUUUCGUUUUGGCUCAGUUGAAUCACUCCUACAAAUCAAACGAAUUACUGUAUAGCGUGAACAAAGUUGGAAUUAAGGCGCUGGUUUGCGGAUGCAACAGCGUGAAGCAAAAUUAUUAUAGUAUACUUAAGCAGGUGGACGAUAGAAUGUUCCAGACAAAGGAAACUUUGCCAAAGGUCAAGAGCGCAAAAAUGGAGAGUUUGCAAUUUGUUAUUUCUUUGACCGAUAAUGAGGGUACCAUACCAUACAACGACGUGUUCAGUCAAGCUACAGCAACUACACUAAAAUAUAUUAAAAAUAAUCAAUACAAACUUAGUAUGGAUGAUCCGUUAAACAUACAAUUUACUUCAGGAUCAACUGGAAAUCCGAAAGCUGCUUUGUUAUCGCAUCAUAAUGUUGUUAAUAAUUCAUAUUCUAUUGGAAGACGUUUUGGAAUGCAUGAAAAACACCAUUCAAUUUGUGUUAGCGUACCGUUUUUUCAUACAUUUGGAACGACAGUUGGCAUUUUUUGCGCUUUAAACUUUGGAGCAACUUUAGUGCUUCCUUACAACUAUUACGAUCCCAAACAAUGUUUUCAAACGAUUGCACAACACAAAUGUUCGAUUAUUUAUGGAACACCCACAAUGUAUGUGGAUUUAAUAGCGCAACAAAAACAACUUAACAUUGAAAUCUUACCAGAAAUAAUAUGCACAGGUGGUGCUCCAUAUACAAAACAAUUGAUCAAUGAUGUUUUUGAACGUUUAAAACCUAAAUAUAUUGUGAAUGUAUACGGAAUGACCGAAGGAAGUGCAGUCAUGUACCAAUCAAAUCGUCAAUCAGAAAACAUCAAGAUAUUCUUAGGUGAUCAUAUUGAAGCAAAAGUAAUUGAUGAAAAUGGUAUUAUUGUACCAAUUGGAACACCAGGAGAAUUAUGUGUUCGUGGUUAUAAUACAAUGAUUGGAUAUUAUAACGAUGAUGAUCUAACAUCAAAAACAUUUAUGAAAAAUCGUUGGCUAAGAACUGGAGAUAAGUUUGUCAUGUAUGAUGAUCUCAGUGGACAAGUAAUCGGACGUAUCAAGGAUAUUAUCAUACGAGGUGGUGAAAACAUUCAUCCGAAAGAAAUAGAAGAUUAUAUAUCGACACAUCCAUCAAUUCUGAAUGUGGUUGGUUUGCCACAUGUUCGACUAGGUGAAGAAAUAUGUGCAUGCGUCCGACUCGAGGAUAAUAUGAUCAUUACUUUGGAUGAAAUUAAGGAUUUCUGUAAACAACACAUGGCACAUUACAAAAUUCCAUCAAAAAUGCAUAUUGUUAACGAGUUUCCCAAAACUACAAGCGGAAAAAUUCAAAAGUUCAAACUGGUACAACAAUUAACGCAAUGAAUUAUUGUAAUAAUCAUGUUUUAUA